AGGAGGAGAAGUCCACGCUUGGGAAAGUGUCAGCUGACGCUCUGUGUGUCUGUGGCUGAGCCGGCCCAGUCACAUGAUCAGUGAAAGGAGGUUCUGUCGGAUGACUCGCUGGAGGAAAGGGCCGAGAUGGAAAGCUCCUGAAAGGGAAAAAAAGCAGAGACCGGUGGUGGAGCUGGACGUGCCACGAUGUCCACCAGGAGGCUGCGGAGCGAAGACUACAAUGACUACAGCUCAACGGAGGUGACUCCUGAUGGCAGCCCUCCUGAGGGCGUAAGCACUUUUGCCAAUCCUUCAUCCUACCAGCGUUUUGGAGAGACAAAUGGGACAACAUGGUAUCAAACUUUAAUACACCUUUUGAAAGGAAACAUUGGAACGGGCAUGUUGGGGCUUCCCUUGGCUGUGAAGAAUGCUGGCUUGGUGUUGGGUCCCAUCAGCUUGCUUGUGAUUGGAAUAAUUGCAGUGCACUGUAUGCAUAUCCUGGUUAAGUGUUCCCACCACUUCUGUACCAGACAUCAGAAACCAUUUGUGGAUUAUGGAGAUUCUGUGAUGUAUGGACUUGAAGCCAGUCCUAGUUCGUGGCUCAGGACUCAUUCCAUCUGGGGAAGGUACCUUGUGAGUUUUUUCUUGAUAGUCACUCAGUUGGGAUUCUGCUGUGUAUAUUUUGUCUUCAUAGCAGACAAUCUGAGACAGGUGGUUGCUGCUGCUAAUGGUACAACAAACAACUGCAAUGCCAAUGAAACUGCAUUGUUGGCUCCAACCAUGGACUCCCGGUUAUACAUCUUGUCUUUGUUGCCAUUUAUGAUCGCGCUCACCUUCAUCCAGAAUCUCAGGAUCCUUUCAGUCUUCUCCAUGCUGGCCAAUAUAAUGAUGUUUAUCAGCCUGGUAAUUAUAUACCAGUAUAUUGUCAUGGACAUUCCAGAUCUUAGCCAUCUACCUCUGGUGUCGGGGUGGAAGACAUACCCUCUGUUUUUUGGCACAGCUAUCUUUGCUUUUGAAGGCAUCGGAGUGGUUCUCCCUCUAGAAAACAAGAUGAAGACACCUCAGCACUUCUCUGUGACUCUCUACGUGGGAAUGGCCAUUGUCAGUUUCCUGUACAUCACCCUGGGGACACUGGGUUACAUACACUUUGGAGCAAACAUCCAGCCUAGCAUAACUCUCAAUCUACCUAACUGCUGGUUGUAUCAGUCUGUCAAGCUGCUCUACUCCAUUGGGAUCUUCUUCACUUAUGCGCUGCAGUUCUACGUCCCUGCAGAAAUCAUCGUUCCUGUGGCCGUUUCGCAAGUCCCUGAACGCUGGGCGCUUUGGACCAAUCUACUGCUGAGGACAUGUCUGGUCUGUGUAACAUGUCUGCUAGCAAUCCUGAUUCCUCGGCUGGACAUUGUCAUCUCUUUGGUGGGCUCGGUGAGCAGCAGUGCUCUAGCCCUGAUCAUCCCGCCCCUCCUGGAUAUCGCCACCUACUACUCGGAAGGCAUGCAUCCCAUCGCCAUUGCCAAAGAUGUUUUGAUAAGUUUACUAGGUAUCGUUGGAUUUGUAGCUGGGACCUACGAGUCCCUCGUAGAACUCAUCGUACCGACGGUUUCCAACACCACUAGUGCCUUACACUGACCUGCUAACCUGUCCCCAGUUUUCAGCUCUUCAUUGCCACUGACUCUUUCAGCAGUCUGGCCAGAUGCUUGAUUUUUCCUUUGUUGGAACUAUAGUAAUGCCCUCCCACCGCUUUCCAGAUGUAUUUAUUCAGCCACUAUAAGGGCAAGGCUACAGUGUGGGGAAGACAGGAUUUGGACCUUGUGUUCAUCUAUGCUGAUGCAAGUCUGGCAUUUGAUCUUUAGUGCCUAAGAGCCUUUGUGGUUUGAUUGGCCUCUAUAGCAUUGCCUGCUCCACUGUGAUCCGCCCCUUUUCUGAAAAACGAUGAAUAGUCUGCAAGGACCUUGGUUUUAAUGGCACAUUACAUCCUUUGGGGCCUAGAGCAAUGAAUGUGUGAUAACUAAGAAUCCCAAUGUCCAGAAAGGCACUCUAAUCAUGUUUACGUAUCAGGUUAUCACCUUUUGGAAGAAGAGCACCUGCCACAAACCUUUCUGUUGUGGUUCUGAAGCCCUUCUGUGUGAGGACUUUUCCAUGGCAGAGUUCAUCGAGUAUAUUGGGAGAAAGGCACAUGUAGGAGCUGAAGUUGGAACAUGGAAACGGUUUUGAAAAGGAGGCUGCUUUAUUUGCAGUUGUAUAUUUACAACUGGGGAUGGUCAACAACAGGAUGGAAGCCAUCCUCUCCAGAGUUUUGCAGUGCAAGUUCUCAUAACCAUUUCCCUAAAACGAAAAUGAGCAGGCAAAAGGUAUAGACAUCAACAUUUGUGAUGCUGUGCUAUGACUGAGUCAUAAUUCAAUAGGAGCCUAAUGAGGGCCAAAUUACAUGAUUGCACAUAUUAAGGAGGAAAAAAGUAUGCCCCUGAGGAUAUAUCACACAUCUUUCUUCUGGCUCAUGCACACAUAUUGGGAGGUUCAAUCCCUGGCAUCUCCAGGUUGGGGUGGGAAAGACCACCUCCCUGGAAUCUUGGAGAACUGUUGCCAGUAAUUGUAGACAGUACUGAGCUAGACCGACCUAUGGUCUGACUCAGUAUAAGGCAACUUCCGAUGUUCACCUGUGUUGUCCUAUGGUCAAUAUGUGUACAUAUGGUAAAAUUGAGUGCGGUCUUCACAUGAGAUGUGUACCCUUGUUGACUAGACGCAUGUAAGUAAAAUAUAUGGAAAGGCCCUGAGAAGCUAACCAAUCAAAGAUAAAAUUUUAAAAGGUUAAAUAUACAGGUAAAGAUUCUUUCUUAAAACAAAAAAGGGUUCUUCUGCUGAUGAAUGUUACAAAAGCAGCAUAGUAUAAAAAUCAAACUGCAGUGUGGCAGCUGGCACAUUAUAUUGUACAAAAUAUAGGAAUUGUACUAUUUGCAUAACAAAAAUAGUACUUAAUAUUUUCACACAACCUGUGUUAACCAACUUAGGUUACUUUUUAAAACUAAUUUUGUUCAUUAGAAGGCAUUCAUUGUAAGUUAUAGAUUAUUUAUCACUACAGGAGAACCCUGUUAUCCGCAGGUGUUGUGUUCCGCGGGGUCGGGGAGUGGAUAGUGAAACCGCAGAUAAUGGGGCAUUAGGGCAAUGGGAAUGGGGUAGGUUCCUGAGGCAGUGAAAAAAUGGGGGGGAAAGACAGAACGUGGGGAAAAUUGGGGGCAAGGGUGCUAUACCUUGCUGUGUGUCUCCAGCUGUCCAGCAAUGUCUCUCAAAAGUCCAAAAUCUCGGUUUUUCCCCACAAAAGAUUUUGCUCCCCCUAAAAAAAAAAAAAAAAAAGUCCCAGAAUGGCUCCUGUCCUCAAAAUGGUGGGCAGAAGUGACCUCAGAGGUCAUUUCCUCCCAUCUCUAACCCACGGAUAUGCAAGUCCUACCCCUUUAAUUGUCCCAUUUUGUCACGUAUACCGAAGUCUGGUGGCAUUUACCUGACUGCGGAUACAUGAAACUGCUGCGGAUGCCACGUUGGCAAUUAACGAGGUUUGCCUGUAUUAGAAACUGGAAACGGUAAUGUCAUUAUGCAUGCAGACUCCCCUGCAGCUGAAUCUGGAGGUGGCCUAUAGCCAUCAAGACUAGUAGCCUUUGAUAGAAAAUGGCUUGGUUCUGGCCAUGAUGCACCCAGUGACUGGAGUAUCUCUCUUGAUUAGAACCAUCAAGCUACAUGGCUGUCUUUCACAUUUGUGGCAAAGCUUUCUUUCAGACUUCUCAUAGCCUCAGCAUGAAGUGAAGAACUUUGUGCAUAACCACAGGUAACUCCAAGCAUGGUGCUUAAGUGAAGCUAUUCAUUUCAUAAACUUCUUAUAAAGACCAAAGUGCGACUAAUAAUACUCCUAACACAUGAAAGCACUACUUCUUCUUUAAAAAAACAAAGCAACAAACAAAAUGAAUCCUAGCUUUAAAUGUAUGUUGUAUAAUGCUUGAUAAAACACAUUCAUCUGCUUCUCUCCACUUUAUUAAUACUGUUGAUACCGUUAUUGCAGAAAUACAUGCUAAUUCCCUUCCUGCCUUCUCUUGCUCUUAAAACUUUCCAAUAUAUCCUUUCCUUUGAGGUGUAUCAGAUUGUAAAUUAUACUGAAAAUAUAGCUCUGGAAGAACAUCUUUCUAUUUACAUGGUGAGGGCAGCAGGAGAUCUUGAGCACAUGAGAACAAAAACUAGACAGAUUUAUUGUACUGUCUUGCUGUUAACUGUUUCAUACCAAAACAAUUAAGUAUAUUACUACUAAUUUGUGUCCAAUGACUCCAAGACACCAGAAUGGGUAUGUAUCAAAGCCUGCUAUAUUAAAUAGGUAAAAAUGAAGCACUGUGGUGUUAGUACAAGAUUUCAUAAAUAUAAACAGUUUAGGCCCCUGGUAUUUAAGAGAACACUUGCUUCACUAUGAUCCCCACUGCCCAUUGAGAUCAUCUGGAGAGAUUUGUCUGCAGUUGCCACCUGCGCAUCUGGUGGCUACAUAGGGAUAGGCCUUUUUUCUUUUUUCUUUUUUGCUGCCUCAGGACACUGGCAUGCACUCCUUGCUGAAAUAAGAUCUUCUCCCUCUCUGACAAUUUUGUAAAAGUCCCUAAAGACUCGGGUUUUUUCACCCAAGCUUUUUAACUAGACAUGUGGCUUUAAAUCGUUUCAAGGUUUUUAUGUCUCUUUUUAUUUAUUUUAUGUUGUUGUAAACUGCCAGAGACGGAAGUUUGGGGUGGAGUACAGAUAUAAUAAUGAGCCCCUGGUGGCGCAGUGGUAAAACUGCCGCCCUGUAACCAGAAGGUUACAAGUUUGAUCCUGACCAGGGGCUCAAGGUUGACUCAGCCUUCCAUCCUUCCGAGGUCGGUAAAAUGAGUACCCAGAAUGUUGGGGGCAAUAUGCUAAAUCAUUGUAAACCGCUUAGAGAGCUCUGGCUAUAAAGCGGUAUAUAAAUGUAAGUGCUAUUGCUAUUGCUAAGUGCUAUAAUAAAUAAACAAAGAAACACUCAUGCAAACUUUAAGUGAGACUACAGUGAACAAAAUGAAAUUGGCACUGUAGUAUAGUUGUACUCUAGUAACUCAUUUUUAUGAGCUAAUAUUUAGACAGAGCAUCCCUUCAAGAUGGCUUCUAACUGAUAUUGCCUAUAUUAGGGUUAUACCUUUACAAUAAUCAAUGGGUUUACACGUGUAAAAAGUUUUUCAUCUUGCAGAGCAGUGGUAGGAAUGCAGGUAUAGUCGCAUUAUACUUGAAAGGGAGAUCAAUACAAAACUACCUUUGUAUAUUUAGUUGUAGGAUCAGUGAUUGUAUGAAGGCUUACACCUAUUUAUUGUGCGAUGAGACUGAAAAGGAAGAAAUGGAUUCAGGAGCAAACAAUUAAGAAACUAGCAGAAUGAGGACAAAUUCAGGGGAAAGCCAUCCUUACAAAUCUGUUUUGCUUUCAUCCAGCUCUGAAUUCAUCCAAAGGCAGUCUUUCUCUUCAUUAGUGCCAUAAAAAUAUCAUUGUAUGUGCUUUUAAAUAUAACCUUCUGGUGUAUGAUCAUCUUUGAGUUUCUGAAGGUCAGAAUGUAGCCCUCUUUUUGGUUCUAUAACUUCUAUUGGAUGGAAACCUGGCCACACUUCCUUGCUCUGUGACAAGGAGGUAUUGCUGUUUACUUCUUGUUACUCCAUAAUACCUGGUUCUGUUAAUAGCUACCUGCUACAUAUUCACUGUCACUGAAUUUAGAAGCAAAUUGAAUUUUACCACUCUCUGACUGUAGCUGUCUUAAUCUGUCACUGUAAGGAUUCUGUAAUAACUUUUAUUCUGACUGAAUGCUAACUGAAGUAUUCCUUUCAAUAGGAAUAAUAGUUCUGCUUGAUUCCUGAAUAGUUAAUUGCUUUAAUAUCCAUGGAUUUUUUGGUAAAGAAACACACACACACACACAAUCAGUAUUGGGAUUAUUGCUGAUAUAAUUUAUUGUUGAAGUUUGUGGGAGGUGGAUCUACGCUUUACAGUCUUCUUUAUCUUACCAGAAGUUGUUGUCUUCAGGAGUAUGUGGAUUAUGAACUCUCUCUUCCUUCCUUUCAAGGCAUUAUAGAGGGGAAAUUAUGGCCUUGUGUAUGGAACAUAAAUAGGCAACUUUGUAGAGGAGCUGAAUUCCAUACAUUGGCCCUAUUACAUCAGAGGAGAGUGAUGCUGGAUCAGUUUACCAUUUUAUGGGCAAUUAUCACUUGAUAACUUAUUUAUAAUAGUUUCUUGUUUAGGUCUGAUUUUACAAAUAUGGACUCUCUCUCACUGAGGGUCACCUAUGGUACUGGGCCUUUUCUAGAUAUCAAAGUGGAUAAAAGGGCAUUCCAGUCCUAAAUAAAAUAUAUGCUUGGAUUUAAUUUAUUUGUUAAAAGUAGUAACCACAAUUUUGAAGUAAAUGCAUCAAAAAUCCUAAUGCAACUGGGUUCUUCCCUGAGCGUUUUAUGGUGGAAAAACCACUCUUUAUUUUCCCACAAGGUUCUUCAGCAGUGGCUUCCAGCAAUAGGCCAAAAACUGGUAGUGUUCAGUCCUGUGCAUGCAAAAUUCUUGCCAGACUGAAAUAUUGUAUCUGUUUUCUUUCCUACUGAAGGCCAUGGGAAAACUCCUGUUGCGUGUACAUAUCCAGUCGCUGGAAUCACUUUGAAAUCUCACAAGGUUCUUGAGGUUGAAAUCUCACAUGGUUCUUCAGCAACGACUGCUGCUUUGGACCUUUGUGUGGGAAUAACAAGAGAAGAGUAUAGAAAUAAUUGUCACUACUCCUUUGGUAUUUUGUCUUACAUAUAUGGUCCUAAAAUUUGUGUGCUUAAAUUAAAUUUGGGGAUAUGCUAACUUUAACAGAAUGAAAAAAACAGAGGCAAAUGCAUUAAAUUGUCCACAAAAUGGUUUUUCUAGAUGAGGUGGCUUUGAAGAUGUCUGUCUGUAUAUUGGAUCAGUCAGUGUGUAUUUAUUUGUGCCUAAAUCUGUAUAUUGUGAGCACACACUAAGGCUAUGCACACGACUGCUGGGUGGGCUUGCAGGAAGGCUGUGCCGAAUAUACCUUUCCCCUACCCCACCCCCGGCAGGCGGAUUGCGCUCCCACACGAUCCACGCUGCUUGAAGCAGUGUCGAUCUCCAGAGGCCGGGACAAUGCAUCCUGGCCUCUGGAUAUCCCACAAUGCAUUGCACAAUGAGCAAGGAAUUGCAUUGGGGGAAUCCCCCAGGAGUCAAGUGUUCUCGGCGCCUGACUCUAGCACACGCACACAACCUCAGUGCUGGGAUUAAGGGUGCACUUAUGCUCUUAACCCUGGCUAAAGGCAGGGGUGAAAAGUUGGGCUAGGUGGCACAGCAGUACCGGGAUCGAUCCCGGCACUGCACAUAAGCAGCCUAGCCCAGGCUGAGCUGCCCUAGCCUGGGUUAGGCUGCUUGUGUGAAUAGCCUUACUGUGUAUUGCUGCUACUGUGCAUACCCAGUGGAAGAACUAUUGUGUGUGAUGGUGCUGUACCUGGAUCAUGUAUUUUACUGGAUACUUUAUUCAAUAAAGUCUGUUUUUGUACUUUA